GAUCGCGGGAGCGGCGGGGACGGGGCGGCGGCGGCCCCCGGUGCCGGUACCGGUGCGCAGCCCCGCGCUGCAUGGACUGGUACAUGAUGAACUGCGAGCUCCUGGCCACCUGCAGCGCCCUGGGCUACCUGGAGGGUGACGUCUACCACCGGGAGCCCGACUGCCUGGAGAGCGUCAAGGACCUGAUCCGGUACCUGCGCCACGAGGACGAGACCCGGGACGUGCGGCAGCAGCUGGGGGCAGCCCAGAUCCUGCAGAACGACCUCCUGCCCAUCCUGGUGCAGUACCCGCAGGACAAGGUGCUCUUCGAUGCCAUCGUCAGGCUGAUGGUGAACCUGACGCAGCCGGCCCUGCUCUGCUUCGGGAAGGUGCCCGCGGACGCAGCCUCCCGGCACCACUUUCUCCAGGUGUUGUCCUACCUGCAGGCCUACAAGGAGGCUUUCGCCAGCGAGAAGGUUUUCGUGGUGCUCAGCGAGAAGCUCUACGACCUCCUGCAGCUGGACUGGGAGCAGCGACAGGAGGAGGACACGCUGCUGAUCGAGAGGAUCCUGCUGCUGGUGCGCAAUGUGCUGCACGUCCCCCCGGACCCCACGGAGGAGCAGGGUGUGGAUGGGGACGCCAGCGUGCACGACCGGGUGCUGUGGGCGCUGCACAUCAGCGGCAUGGACGACCUGCUCAAGUUCCUGGCCAGCGCCCAGGUGGAGCAGCAAUGGGCCCUGCACGUCCUGGAGAUCAUCUCCCUCAUGUUCCGAGACCAGAACCCGGAGGAGCUGGCGGCGCUGGGACAGGGGCCGGCGGGCGCCGAGCACGGGGAGGACACGCGGGAGCUGGAGACCCUGCGGCAGCGGGAGCUGGCAGAGAAGAGGGCCCGGGCACUGCAGCGCCCGUCCAGGCACUCCCGCUUCGGUGGCUCCUACGUCCUGCAGGGCCUGAAGUCGAUCGGGGACCGGGAUGUCGUGUUCCACAAAGGGCUGCACAACCUGAAGAGCUACAGCCACGACCUGGGCAAGGAGCCCCAGCGGGUGCCCCGGCGGCGCCAGGCGGCCCCCGAAUCCGAGCCCUCCCACCGCUCCGCCCGCAACGUCCGGCUCUUCCUGCGCCACUUCUGCCAGGACUUCCUGGAGGGCUGCUACAACCGCCUGAUGCUGCUGGUCAAGGACCAGCUGGUGAGGGAGAAGGCUCAGCAGCACGACGAGACCUAUUACCUGUGGGCCACCGCCUUCUUCAUGGCCUUCAACCGGCGCCGCGGUUUCCGCCCGGAGCUGGUGUCGGAGACGGUGAGUGUCCGUGCCUUCCACUUCAUUGAGCAGAACCUCACCAAAUACUACGAGAUGGCCCUGAUGGACAAGAAGGAGGCAACAACCUGGGCCCACAGGAUGCACCUGGCCCUGAAGGCGUACCAGGAGCUGCUGCGGACGGUGCAGGAGAUGGACCGGUCCCCCGAGCAGGCGGUGCGGGACAGCAGCCAGGUCAUCAAGAGCAACAUCUUCUACCUGAUGGAAUACCGGGAGCUCUUCCUGACGCUCUUCCGCAAGUUCGACGAGACCAAGCAGCCGCGCAGCUUCCUGCGGGACCUGGUGGAGACGGCCCACCUCUUCCUCCGCAUGCUGGAGCGCUUCUGCCGCGGCCGUGCCAGCCUCGUGGUGCAGAGCAAACGUGUCCGCAGGAAGAAGAAGCCACGGGCGCCCGCAGCCUUCACCCCGCCACCACCCAGCACGGCGGAGCUGGAGGAGCUGUGGGCGGGAUUGGCCCCCCAGCUCCAGGCCUGCCUGGAGGGCAAGGUGCCCCUCCCCGAGGACGUGGUGCCCUUCGACGCCGCCUCGGAGACGCCGGUGGAGGAGCAGCGCGCGGAGGCUCUGCUGCGGAUCCAGGGGUGCCUGCGGCGUUCCCAGGUGCCCCAGGCCCUGAGGCUGCUCCGCUCCGCCAGGGACGUCUGGCCCGAAGGGGACGUGUUCGGAGCUGCUGACGCGGGGCCGCCUGAGGAGACCCGGCUGCUGCGGGAGAUCCUCGUCGCUCCCCUGCCCCGGAACCCACCCCCUGAGCCCGAGGAGCCGGAGGACGAGGAAGAGGAGGAUGAAGAAGAGGAGGAGGAGACAGUGCAAGUGUCAGAGAAGGAAUUCAACUUCCUUGACUACCUGAAGCGGUUCGCCUGUGCCCCCGUGGUGCGGGCGCUGGUGCUGCUGCUCCGGGGGUACGCGCGGAACAGCCCCCGCACCAACCACUGCGCCGCGCGGCUGCUGCACCGCCUGGCCCGUGACCUGCGCAUGGAGCCGCUGCUCUUCCAGCUCUCCCUCUUCGCCCUCUUCCACCGCCUGCUCAGCGACCCCGCGGCCGGCGCCCACCAGGAGCUGGUGGCCUUGGCCAAGUUCAUCCUGGGCAAGUUCUUUGCGCUGGCGGCCACCAACAAAAAGGCCUUUGUGGAGCUGCUCUUCUGGAAGAACCCGACGGCCGUCUACGAGAUGACCAAGGGCUACAGCUCCCUGCAGGAGGGAGAGGGGGCUCCCAAGAGCCGGGUCCCUCCCUGGACCCCCCAGGAAGAGCAGGAGCUGCGGGAGCUGUACUGGAAGUACAAAGAAGUGGAAGGUGAGGACAUCAUCGCUGCCAUCCUGGCCCAUCUCCCGACUGCCGGGCGGACGCGGAGGCAGGUGGUGAAGCAGCUGGUGCGGAUGGGGCUGGCCAGCAGUGCCAGGGACUUCCCACGGGAGAGGAAGGGCACCCGCAUCGUGCUGUGGACUCAGGAGCAGGAGGAGGAGCUGACGCGGCUUUUUGAGGAAUUCCAGGGCUCGGACGAUGUCCUGGGGAACAUCAUGAAGCACCUGACGGCGCGGCGGUCGCGGGCUCGGGUGGUGGAGAAGCUGCUGGGGCUGGGGCUGGUGUCGGAGCGCAAGGAGCUGUACAAGAAACGCCGGAGAAAGAGCCACGGCCACGGCCCCGGGAUGGCUGCUGCUGGUGUCCCGGGUGUGCCAGCCCAGGACAGCUCAGCAGAGGAUGAGGACAGUGAGGAGGAGGAGGAGGACGAGGAGGAUGAAGUGGAGGAAGGCCCCAUGGAGGAGAACUGGGCACCCGAGGAAGGGGCUGGGCAGGGCCUGGCUCAGCGUCUGCAUCAGGAAGGCCUGGCCGGGCCCCUGCGGUGGCUGGAGAACUGUCUGAGGAGGGCGGCGGGGGACCGAGAGGAGGAUGGCGUGUCCCACCCGGUGCCGCUGGUGCCGCUGACGGAGGAGAACGAGGAUGCCAUGGAGGAUCGGCGCUUCCAGAGCCUGCUGCGGCAGCUGGGGCUGCGGCCCCCCGCCAGCGAGCAGGAAUCCUUCUGGCGCAUCCCAGCUGCCCUCACCCCGCAGCAGCUCCGACGCGCGGCCGCCUCCGUCACCCACCACGGCCCCGACCCCUCAGGGUCCCCCCGGGACCUGCCUGGGCCACCCAAGUGCCCCCAGGACCCAGGUCCAGGUGAGGGGCCGGGCUGGGGGUGUGGGACCCCCACCAGUGGGGACGGCCCCGAGCCCCUCUCCUUGUGCCCCUCAGCAGAACAGCUGCCGGCAGAGCUGGGAUCGGACUCGGAGAGCGAGGAGCCGGUCCCUGUCCCCGUCCCCAGCCCAGUGCAGUCGGGCACCAAGAGGCGCCGGGAGCUCGACAGUGAGGAUGAGGAUGGCGGGAACUCAGCUCCCUCCCCUCUUCCUCCACCCACAGGUCCCGGGCUGGCCCCUGCAGCCCCCUGCUCUGAGGAGGAUGAGGAGGACGAGGACCCACAGCCCCGGGGGAGGCGGAAGCGCGUCCGCUGCCUGGAGGAGGAGGAGGAGGAGGAGGAGGAAGAGGGUUGAGGGGCUUCCCUUGUCUGCCAGGCCCAGGCCCUGGGCUGUUUUCUGGGGUUUCUGCAGGUUUUCUGCAGGUUUUGAUCCUGUUUUUAAGGGCUGCACAAGCAGCCAGUUGCUACCCCCCCAUCCCCUUCCCCUGGUGUCUUCAUCUCCCUGUUUUGCCCCAAACUCCUGUUUUUCUCAGCUGUUUGGGUUUGUUUUCCUUUUAAACCUUUUAAAUCUGGACAGGGCCCAAAUAAACAAACGUGACUCUUGCCCUUC